UUGGGAGAAGAAUCUGAAGCCUUUUGCGGGUUUCCUCGUUAUUUCGGAAGGAAGAACAAGAAGAAAAGAAGAUCUUGAGGGUUGUCUUGUCGAUCAUAGAUCGGGAAUUGUAGCAGAAGAGAAGAAUCCGAAGCUGUUUUCGAGGUGGGAAGGAAUGCCAGAGGCGAGACGAGCGACGACGGGCGACUUCACUGGAGGGUUUUGGAUCCGGAGAGCAGCUUACCCAGCGGCAAUGCCGGGUUCAAGACGAAGGCGAAUCCAGAGUUUGGUGGCUGCAAUCGACGACAAGGAGAACAUACACCCAUCACGGGCGGCGACAGCUCGACGCCGUCCCAGGAACAGGAAAAGUCCUCUGCCAAGUUGGUAUCCUCGGACGCCUCUCCGUGACAUCACCAUCAUCGUCAAUGCCUUGGAGAGAAGGAUGCGUGAGAGGGCCGCAAGAGCCAGGCAGAGGAACGCCAACCCUGAGGCGUCGCCUGUGACUGAUCCUGCGGUAGAUGAAAUGAAUGCUUCCGAACACACUCCAGUGGGUGAAGCCCUCCCAUCGGAUGUCUCUUCUGAUGCCUCCCCAAGCCCUGCUGCAUUAUCCACCCUUUCCUCCCUUACUCCAACCCAGCAGCCACUCCGCACCCCAUCCUCCUCCGAGACCCCCCUUUCCACUACGGAGCGUGUUCUCGCCGAUCCAUCAACCGAAGAUCCGAAGCCGACUGAAUUCGAGAAGAAGCUGCAGAGCACCAUAUCGGAGAUGGAAAGGCUUGUGCUGGAUAACCUAAAGAGGACGCCGAAGCCGCCUGCGAGGAAGGCCAUGCGCACUCUGAUGUCGAUGCGAUGAAUGAAAUAUUUCGUUUCACAGCGAUGGGAUGGACGAGAUGAAGCCAGCAGCAACUCGGCUGCCUCGUGCCCCACCACCGCCACCACCUUCACCUCCUCCUGAGAUCUACUUGGUCUCGGGACACCGGUGCUGCUGAUCCGCUCUUCCUCUGCCAUCUGAGUUUCUGCUUGGGCUUAGGGCUAGGUGAGAGAGAGUCUCGACUAACAACCCCCUUCCUUCGUUUUUGCAUCCACUGGUGGCGCCAUUAGAGGAGGAUUUGGGACUCCAUAGAGCUGUAUAUUCCUCCUUCCUUCGGGGUUCUGAUGCCUGAAAAGGCUCGCUCCAGUAAUUGCAUGUACAACCAUGUGUACAUCCUAAUCUCGUAUUGCAUUUGCAAUAAUCAGGCAUGUUACGGUGAAUUUGUUGA